UCCGGGGCUGUGAUGGCCGCGGUGCGCGUGCGCGCUCGCUCGGGGCACUCCCGAGAGAAGGAGCUGGUGGGCCUGGGCUGGAGGAGGCUGGUCGCGCUGUGCCCGGGUGAAAGGGCGGUGGCUGCACCGGGCGGGGCCAAGUUCCAGGGCUGGCGGCCGGGCUGCGGUGGGGCCAGGAGCCGCUGCGAAGCUGCGCGCUGCUUAGGCGACGCUGGGCUGGCCGAGCAGAGUCCGCGCGCGCCCGCGCUGAGCUGCCGGCCCCGGCGGCUGCGCCACUCGGCCGCAGCGACGAAGCGCUGGUGUUUCUAGUAUGACGGAGCUAAGGCAGAGGAUGGCCCGCGAGCCGGACGCACCGCCCGAGGACAAGGAGUCGGAGGCAGAAGCAAAGGCAGAUGGAGAGACUGCAUCGGACAGUGAGAGCCGAGUGGAAGCCGUCACCCUACCAACCUCUGUAGACGAUACCCCAGAGGUCCUCAACAGGGCCCUUUCCAACUUGUCUUCAAGAUGGAAGAACUGGUGGGUGAGAGGCAUCUUGACUUUGGCCAUGAUUGCAUUUUUCUUCAUCAUCAUUUACCUGGGACCAAUGGUUUUAAUGAUGAUUGUGAUGUGUGUUCAGAUUAAGUGUUUCCAUGAGAUUAUCACUAUUGGCUACAAUGUCUACCACUCCUAUGACCUGCCCUGGUUCAGAACCCUCAGCUGGUACUUUCUACUGUGUGUAAAUUAUUUCUUCUAUGGCGAAACAGUGACAGAUUACUUCUUCACUCUGGUCCAGAGAGAGGAACCUUUGCGGAUUCUCAGUAAAUACCACCGAUUCAUUUCCUUUACUCUCUAUCUAACAGGAUUCUGCAUGUUUGUGCUGAGUCUGGUCAAGAAGCAUUAUCGACUGCAGUUCUACAUGUUUGGCUGGACCCAUGUAACAUUACUGAUUGUUGUAACCCAGUCACAUCUUGUUAUCCACAACCUGUUUGAAGGAAUGAUCUGGUUCAUUGUCCCCAUUUCUUGUGUGAUCUGUAAUGACAUCAUGGCCUAUAUGUUUGGCUUCUUCUUUGGUCGGACCCCACUCAUCAAGCUGUCCCCGAAGAAGACCUGGGAAGGCUUCAUUGGGGGCUGCUUUGCUACUGUGGUAUUUGGCCUUCUGUUGUCCUAUGUGAUGUCCGGGUACAGAUGCUUUGUCUGCCCCGUGGAGUACAACAAUGAUACCAACAGCUUCACUGUGGACUGUGAGCCCUCGGACCUGUUUCGUCUGCAGGAGUACAACAUUCCUGGGGUGAUCCAGUCGGUCAUUGGCUGGAAAACAGUCCGGAUGUACCCCUUCCAGAUUCACAGCAUUGCCCUCUCCACUUUUGCUUCACUCAUUGGCCCCUUUGGAGGGUUCUUCGCUAGUGGAUUCAAGCGAGCCUUUAAAAUCAAAGACUUUGCCAAUACCAUUCCUGGCCAUGGAGGCAUCAUGGAUCGCUUUGACUGCCAGUAUCUGAUGGCCACCUUUGUCAAUGUGUAUAUUGCCAGUUUUAUCAGGGGCCCUAAUCCGAGUAAGCUGGUUCAGCAGUUCCUGACCUUGAGGCCAGAUCAGCAGCUCCACAUCUUCAACAUGCUCAAGUCUCACCUGACUGACAAGGGGAUGCUGACAGCUGCCACAGAGGACGAAUAGGGACCACCCAGGGCCAGGAGAGCAGGAACAGGGCUGAGUGAGGGGCAGGGCUCCAGGGCAAGCCCAGCUGGACAAAGACAAGACUUCAACUCACUGUCUUUUUUUUUUUUACAGUGUUUUUUAUUUGUGGAUUUAAAAAAAAAAAAAUCUGUGUGUACAGUCUAUGUGCUUAUGAUUUGAGUUGUAAGUAACCUACAGCUUUGAGUUGGAAAGAAGUCAUGGGGGUAAAACCAUUUGGGUUUUUAAAACCGAAGUUUUUAACAACCUAGAAGACAGUGUUGCCCAGCUCUGGAGCACCUACUUGGUGCUUCUAGCUCCCAAGCUGGAGCUUCCAUAUCUGGGCUUGAUCAGAGUGGACAUUCAUCUGUGUUCGUCCAGUUUAGCCCCCACCGAGCUCUCUUUGUAGCUGACCCCCAGCAGGGAAGAGGUGCACAGCUUGGAUGUCUUUACUACUGGAGCGCUUUCCCUGGGCUUCUCAGUAAUCCCUGCCUUGGAGCUACAGGAGUGUUACCUCCUGAGGCUGAAGGGAUGAAGACUUAUUAAUCAGAUAAGCAUUCUGUUCACAAAUCCUGUGGAGUAUGAGCUCUGCUUUAUGAUAUGGGUUCACCUCGCUUCAUCACAGACUGAAAGAAGGUUUCAGUUUUUAUUUUUUUCAGAAAGCAUGAAAAAUUAUAAUAGUCUGGAGAAAAGCCACACUGUACUAUUUCAAGUGUAUGCAGUAGGAUAUACUGUAAUUGGGCCUUUUCCCACAGGGUUUAGGCUCAAGUGGCUCCUAUAGGGCAGUCGGCUAACUGAGUCUUUUCAGGGAUGAUGUCGUUCACGUUUGUGCUGUAGACUUGUUGCUGCUGAAUCCUUUCUGGGGGCUUCCCCAUUUGGCAGGGAGCAGUGGGCUUCUCUUUCACAUGCCCAUGCCCUUGGCCUUGCUGACCACCCACGUAAGCUGCUGUGUUAUGUGUGUGUGUGUGUGUGUGUGUGUGUAUAUAUUAUAUAUAUAAUAUAUAUAUAUGUAUAACUCUUAAGGCAAGUGUGUAUCUGUGUGUUUUAAAAAUCACUUAUUUCUUACAGUGAUUUCAGUUGUACCAUGACUUCUUCACUGAAACCACAAAGUCCUGCUUACAACUCUGCAUAACCCAACCCAAUUAGAGGUUUGAAGCUUCUGAAGACUAGAUUAAAUGCACACUUGUUGUAUAAUGUGACCAGUUUAAAUGUAGUUUGUAUUUUACAGGGGGACCUUUUUUCUUUUCAACUGUGACUUAUUUAUUGUUUCCUUUUAAUUAGAGGAGUGAGGUUGACUUUGGGAAUAUACGUUCUUUGUCAGGACAAUAAGCAAGGGGGUAUAGGAGAGAGAGCUUGGUGGCCAAGUGUGUUCCAUUAUUCUGUGCCAUAUUGGUUCUCAUUGCCAAAUGGGGGUGUAACAGCUUGCUUCAGCACCUUGGGCUGGUGCUGCUUUGCUCUAUUUCUGUUUAUCUCAGCCUCACUGCAUCCGUGGAUGCUCACAGCCAGCCCAGAUCACUGAAGCGUCCAGCACGGGCCAGACCCCUCUUGAUGUCUCAGCUCACAGUCGCUGUGUGACCUUCCACGUGCAACAGCUUCCUUCUUCUGAACUUUUAUUUCCAGUUCAGUACAUGGCUUUUCUUUUUCAGGUCCAAGGCCCCCUUAAAAACAAAAUGUGUUUUUGCGUGGGGUUUUAGCGCUGGCUGUAUGACGCUAGGUAGGACGGACACACCACUCUGUGGGUCCUCAUUUUCUGAGCUGUCUUCUAAUUCCCAUAUUCCAUCAUUCUGGCUGAACAAGUACAUGUACCAGAGGCUGCUGCAGGUAUUGAGUCAUGUCCUGGGCACCCAAAAAGCAAGUACUUACAGGCCUUUUCUAAAUACUUGUCCUUAAAAUGCUUGUCCUCAGCAAUAAGUCUUAAAGAGUGGAGGUGAUUAGUAACGAAUCUAGUUUUCUGAUUGCAGAAUGAACUUGGUUCCCCAAACCAGAGAUGAAAUGGCGCCACAUUUGUCUCAUGGUACCCCACUGUGGGCAGAUGGUGGGUCCUUGGGAGCAGGGAGUCUCAGCUGGGACCCGGCAGCAGAGAGCCACCUUUGAAUAGGUCUUCCUUUGGGAUCAGGGAGCCUGGCACAUUUCUGUGGACGUGGCUGCUGAUGGGGGUCCUGGGAAACGGCAGCUGGAAGCUCAACAGAGCUGCCAUCAAGAAAGCCUGAGGGUCAGCGGGAUUUUGUUUUCUUUUGAUUCCCUGCCUGCUUUCUGGUGAAAUAGGGGAAUUUCGUAGUCAGUAGCCAGGAGACUGAUGCCACCUUGUGUCUAUAUAGCACAUUGUUUUUCUUUCUCCCAUUUAUUGAAAAUCUUUCACCAAACAGACAAGUUUCCAGAGACUUAUAACACACAGCUGUGCAGAUCUUAAUGCGUGGCAUAACUUGCUUCAGAUCCAUUUUUUUUGUGAGAAAUAAAAUGUGACAAAUUGUGUGCC